CUCACUUGUGGUUCUCCUGUGCUGGAUAUUUCUAUUUAUGAAAUUUAUUGUCACAGUUAUUCAGCACAGGACUAAGGCAGACAUGGAAGCCUCAGUUUGGGUUGCGUUCGCAUGUUUGCUUUCGUUUGGAUCAGUUUCGUCUGCAACGGUUAAAAGACAUACAGUUUUCGAGCAUCUCUCAAAGUUUUCAGACCAAGACUGUGUAACUGAUGCUUACCCCCCAAGUGAAAGGGAGGUCCCUUGGGAAGUUGUAAAUCUUGACCUUCCACCAGAACAAAGAUACAAUGAUCUUGUCAGCAAGAGGAUAGAUGAGCUUAAAAACUUGCUCCAUUAUAUCAAGAAUUUCACAAGUUUUAUCCUGGAUGGAAAGCUGUUUGGAUAUAUUGACACAUACUUGGGUCCUCUUGCAGAAACUCUUCCAGAUCCCUAUGGAAAAGAGAUUAAAGGAUUAGCCACUGCCACCAACAUUUCUCUUGGUGAGAUUGUUUUGUACAAUAUCUUCUAUGAAGUUUUUACAGUUUGUACAUCUAUAGUUGCUGAGGACAAGUCAGGAAAUCUUUUCCAUGCACGUAAUCUGGAUUUUGGCCUAUUUCUGGGUUGGGAUGUGAAGAAUGACACCUGGAUGCUGACUGAGAUUCUUAGGACCCUUAUUGUGAAUAUUGAUUAUCAGAGAAAUGGAAAAACUGUGUACAAGACAGUCAGCUUUGCUGGAUAUGUUGGUGUCCUUUCAGGAGUAAAACCAGGAAUCUUGACACUUACUUUGAAUGAAAGAUUCAACAUUGAUGGAGGUUACAUUGGGAUUGUGGAGUGGAUACUUGGCAUGAGGAACAGCAAGUGGUCAAGUUUUUUGACUCGUGACGUGCUUGAAAGUGCAACUAGUUUUGAGGAAGCAAAGGACAUGUUGGCAAAUGACAAAGUAUUAGCUCCAGUUUAUUACAUUCUUGGGGGAACAAAAUCAGGAGAGGGAGUUGUCAUCACGCGCUCGCGAACUGAAUGCUUAAAUCAAAUGAGUCUUAAUCCUGCAAACAACACUUGGUUUGUUCUGGAGACAAAUUAUGACAACUGGAAACCACCUCUAUUGAUUGAUGACAGGAGAACUCCGGGAAGAAUAUGCAUGAACAAAAUGGGACAAGAGGCUGUGUCGUUUAAAGGCUUGUACAAUGUUCUCUCCACCCAACCGGUCUUGAACAAGUUGACAACAUACACAACACUGAUGCAAGCUAGCACUGGCAAAGUGGAGACAUACAUCAGAUUUUGUGCUGACCCUUGCUUUCCUUGGUAAAUCUCAUCUCAGGAAUACCUAACUAUGAAACAUUUCCAAACAUUAAAUAAUGAUUAACCCGAAAUUAUUAAAGAUUAAAAAUUUAAAUAUGUAACAAAUUACUUCAAACUUUCUUUCCUUUUUGUUAGAAAGAAAUAUAACUGUAAAUUCAACAUGUGCUCAAAAUUGAAAUUGGUUUAUACUUAUUCAUAUGACUUCUCUACCACUGAUAUCAAUGACCAAAAUUUUGUAAGUUUUCCUCAGUGUGAUAUUUGUACCAUGUCAGGUCACACCAUGCUAGCUAAACUGUACUUUCAUCAUGAAUGUGCAGAGAACUUUAACUCUAGUAAAGGU